UUCAUAAUUCUCUUGACGAUUUUAACGGAAACUUCAAGGGAGUGUUAAAUCACGUGAAGAAUGACAGCUCGAGACAUCGUCAAAGAUAUUGGGGAAAUCUAUUCGCGCAUUUUUGAUCAUCGCCCCUUUACAAGUGCAGAAAUUCAGUACUUUUUGCGGGAAUUUGAGGAAAAACGCAACGACCGUGAAGUAGAGAAUCUCUUUGUGUCCCUGCAGAAUACGUCUGAGGCCAAGGAUACGGGAGUUUUGCGUUCAAAGGUGGCAUGUGAGGCACAUUUGGGGCAUUUACAGAAGUCCCUCGAAGUUGCUUUGGGUGCGUGCGAAGAGGUGACUAAUCGUGUGCCAGACCCGAAGCUCCAGGCUGCAUUGGAGGCUAACCGGGAGGCCCGGAAGGUCAUAUGGAGUCACUUUGUUGAUGAUAUGGCACACAAGUGUUCACGAGUUGAUCAUACAUUUGAGGAGAAGGAAGAAGAAUUGCGGGAUUUUUAUUCUGAUCUCGAAAGGAAGCUCCACAUUCACAAGUAAAUAUACAUAAAGUUAAUUAUGUCCAAGGGGAGUAUUGUUGAUCCACGAGUGAGGAUUGUGGCAUCCAAGAAGCUCUGUGAUUACGUGCAAAAGCACUUGGGGUGUGAGAAGAAUCUUCCGGAGAGUUUUGCAAAGAUUUGCGGGAAGAUUUCCAAGGCAUCCCUUGAGGAGAACAACGUGGAAUAUCCCAGAGUUGCCUUCACGGAGGAAGAGAAGAAACUCCUCGUGGAGGCUGAGAAGGUAAUUACUGAAGAUGCCCAAGAAUCCGGGAAGGAACCUCAAAAGCCAAAGAAGGAACAAAUCCUCACGGUUCAGGAUGUAAAAUGGCUCAACAGGGUGUUGCAGGAGAAACGGAAGGAGGAAGGAAUAGAAGUUUACCUGCACGAGCUUCUGGAACACUCAACAAUCCUCCUGCCGGAAAACUCCGUAAUUGAGCGCAAUCCAGAGCUGGAGAAGCGCUGUGAGGCACUGAGGAAGGAGCAGGAGAAUAAGGUGUACCGGAAGAUGACGAGAAAUGUGGAAAAUCCCAAAAAUGUUCCCUACGAAGACACCAUUUCCUACCAAAUUAAGCAAAUCAACAAACAACUCAUUGCCGUGGCACAAUUCAUCUUUUCCGUCAUUGCGGGCUUUGUCUUUGGCUUCCUCGGGAUUCAGCUUAUUGUUGGGAAUCUCGAUUUUGGUUUCCGGCUCCUUCUGGGCAUUAUGUUUGCCCUCAUUAUUGCCCUGGCGGAGAUUUACUUUCUCGCGAAGAAGCUCAAUGAGAAUGCGGAUGAAUUCAAGGUUGAUAAAUCCCCAGAACACCGGAAGACUGCCCCCAGUACUCCGGAAAAAACAUCAGGAGGGGAGAAAGAGCACAGAGAUUGAAUUUCUCAGCCAAAAAAAAUCGCCAUUUCUCGUGCAUUUGUGCCGUUUGUGCUUAAACAAGUACCAGGAAGUCUCUUUUCCACAAGAUUUCCUGGCCAAAUCCAUUGAAAUUCCACAAAAUCCCAAUGUUAAUUAUAAAAAUCUAAUAAAGAAUUUCGAUUCAGCUA